GCAUCAGCAGCAGAAACAUGGCGAUGUCUACGAGCAGUGCAGCUCGUCUCUGUCGCCUGGCAGGACGAACUGUCACCUCCCUGACAGGCAGACACAGGCGGGGGGUCAGCCUGCCAGAGAGUAGAUGUUACAUAUCGACCUCGACGCGGAGCAAUCUGCAGUUUAAGCUUGAUGAGAGAACAGCUCACAGCAGUCUGGACCUCUUCAAGAAAGACACUGGCGUCAUCUACCGCAUGCUGGGCCUGGACCCCAGCCACGUGCAGCACAACCCCGAGCGUUUCCGAGACUGGGCGGUCGUGUUUGGCGACGAGAAGAUCAGUAGCGGGCGACACUACUGGGAGGUGACGGUCAAAAAGUCUCAGCAGUUUCGUGUGGGCGUGGCUGAAGCGCUGAUGUCCCGGGAGGACUGCGUGGGCACCAACAGCUCCUCCUGGGUGUUCGGCUACACUCAGCGAAAGUGGUUUGCCAUGACUAGCAACAAGAUGGUCCCCGUGACGCUGGUGGGCAAGCCGGACCGUCUAGGCAUCCUGGUUGACUAUGAAGCAGGUCUUCUGGGGCUUGUGGACACUGAGAAGCCCAGGAUCAUUCACUCCAUCAGAGUCCAGUUCAAGACUCCCAUCUGUCCCGCGUUUGGACUUUGGGACGGGGAGAUGCUGACACACUCUGGUCUGGAGGAGCCUGAAGGCCUGAAGUAGUGAAGCAUCCCUUGCAUAACGAUGACAGUAAUGGCUGAAAGUGGUACCGUGGCAACACUUUUCACACCAGUAUCUUAAAUAACUGGACAGGAAAGAAAGCAAUAUCUGUGUGGGAAUCAUUUACAUCUUAAUUAUAAGUCAAUUUUUUGUGGUCCAGUUGGUUCAUUAUCAUGACUCUUAACAAUGCAAGUUCAUACUUUUAUGUAUGUCAUUCAGCCUCAGGCAUGUGUCACAGAAGCUGUCGUGUGUACCUCAUGUAUUACCUCUUAAACUAACGGAUGUAAAAAAUGACGUGUGGUCUUUUUUGGGGAGGAGCAUUAACUGCCGAGUGGUUCUUUUAUACUUCUCUUCACAGUUACAAAGCUUAAAUCAACACAAAACCUUUUUGAGAUUCAUGUUCAUACUAUAUAUAUUGUUUAAUAAAAUAACUUCACAGAAAGUUUCACAGUUCUCUUUUGUUUACAACAAGAUGAUACAUAUUCACAGACUAAUGUUUUAUGAGGUAUCAAUUCACUGCCACACUUAAAUGAAGUGGCACACUGAAUAAAACAAUAAAAAAAAGCAUUCAUUUUUAGAAGAAUACAGGAGAGUAUAGUGUGACUCAACCAUGAAUUAAGUACAAUGCAAUCACUUUAAAAUAGAUACACUGUACUAACAAGUGGCAGUUGUAAUUUUCCUGAUUGUAUUGUACUGAAUGAGUAUGAAUGAGUAUCACUUUUAACACUAUAUGUUUUGUUCGCUUAACUAAAUGUUAUCUCUUUUUGUGUUAAAUGAACUAAACUAUGCAUUGUUCCCAGUGCCUGAGACCUGGAGAUGUUUCUGUUAAAUACAAGUAACCAAUAAAAAGAGAUCACACUAAUGAAAAUGUAGUUCCUCCAAAAAGAAACAAAUAAUAACCACAUGAAACAGAAGAUAUCAGCAAUGUAUAAACUGACCUAUGAGCCUCAGUAAACUAGAAUCAACUGCAACAAAACAGUCCUCACAGUGUUUUAGGCACAAAUGCAACAGACUCACCUCCUGUUGAGGUAGAAGAAUUAAUUAAGCAGCUUUGGAAAAUAU